AUGCUAUCCAACUUUUCAGACCAGAUAUCCAACACGGAGCUCCUAAAGGACGUGCUCGCGGUGGAGGAGCUGCCCGAGCUCGCACGGGCCCAAGCUCUGUGGUGUUAUGCGGAUAAUAUCAGAUGCGAUGAAGGUGGCGAUGGUUGGCUGCGGGAGCUCGCCACGGCGGCGCGGCUGUUUGAUAACGCCCAGCAUGCUACCGGGGCUCUAGAGAUUCGCGUGGACAUCCUGAAGCACAAAAGCAAUUAUAAGACCGCCACACACGAUACCGAAGAGCUUUGGGAAAUAAAACGUCGUCUGGAGAACGUCGGGAACUUCAGAGCAGCAAUGGGCUGCCUUCGCGCGAUUGUUCUGAUCAAUACGCAUGGGCUUGCCACGCCGCCUGCAUCACUGCGGUCGCGAGUCCACGAGGACUGGUCUCGGCUUUCAAGUCUUUGCCGAUCAAAGCAGCUGCAAACUUCACCGGAUGCGGCAGAUGUCCUUGACUGGCAGUCCACAGUCUGCAAGACCCCCAAGGACUUGGAGUACCUCGAGCACUUCUACGACAACAUUGCCGAUCUCGAUGCUCCAAACGUCAUUUUCUACGUCUUGCAGAAGUUGCGCCAGCAAUACAAAAAGAUGGGGGAAAGCGAAAAAGCAGCCAAAUGUCUCUCUCGCAGACCAGACACUCUGCCACGAAAGAUCUUUAUUGAUGAAGGCCUUGACCCGUUUGAUGCACGGCUGAAAAUGAUAUCGACAAAGGAGGAAGUCAGUGAUACCGAACGCGAGCUUGCCUGUCUUCGAUCAGAGCUCGACAAGGUGCGGGGCAUCGUGGCCGAUACCGUGGACAUGGAGCACCGAGAUGCUGAGGUCCGACGCCUUCUCGACAUUGCGGCUACAUACAUCGGGCAGUGCAAAAUCCGUGGGGAGGCCCAGAUGGACCUCAUUGGGCCGUUGAUAUAUGACGCCAUCGAAGGGUUGUGCGAAACCUUGGACGAGAGACGGGCAAGGCUUCACAGGGGGGAGUUGUUGUUAUGCAAUGCCGAUCACCUACAAGGUGAACUCGUCUUCCUCGACGCAGCUAAUGACUUCGAACGAGCCCGUGAAGUCACUAUUCGAAUUUUGAAGACAGCGGCAGAUCUCCAAGAGGCGGCGAUUGCGAUGUUCGAAGAAGGCGAGCAUCAACUGGAGAUGGGCAUGGCAAAAGCAAGGCUCGGUCUGACGUGCGAGAAGUUUUGGAAACUCAUUGAAACCGAGACCUUUGAUGGCUUCUCCCUGGCCGUCAAGAACUUGACGGAUGCAUUAGCGAUUGUUGAGAAGUUUGGACGGUUGAGCACGCAGCGGAGCUACUGCCAGAAACUGGUGCUCUUGUGGUGGGAUCGAUUCCGCAUCCAUGUCGAAGAGAGUGCGGUCAAUGUCCAGUCCACGGAAGCACACUCGAUGCUGCUGAAAUGGGUCAACAAGGCAGAUGAGCUCGCCACCGCGGAAAGGAACCAAGUCUCCCUGCUUUCUCGGCAACGGGCAGUGACAGGCAAGCAGGCUCUCCAGAGCGACAAUUCAGUGCUUCAACUCCAGCAGGUCGCCAGGUACGUUAGCGAGCAGACGAAUGAUGACAUGAUGGCCUGGGAAUGGCUGCAAAAGGCCAGAGCACGCAGUCUCUCCGACAUGCUGGCCCUUGGCAUCAACAUACCAGUCCACCUACGAGUUUUGAUUGAGGCGGAUGCAGAGCUCACACGCCUGUUGGAUGAGGAGAAAAACCUGGCGGAGCAAGUGAGGGAUGCGUCGGUCCCAUAUUCCGCGGAAACUUGGCGUAUACAAAACAAGCUGCAAGCGCACCGGGACACCAUGAGACUGCGGGACCCUCUCCGAGAAGUGCUGGACCUCCGUGAAGGACGACCGGAGUCAUUGGCGUCCCUGACCGAGAUCAGCACUCGAUCACCAGACGCCGCGAGCCGGAGAAUCCUGCUCGUUGACUGGACAGUUCGAGACGGGUGCUGCGCAGCAUUCGUCGUCUCGGAUGCGGGUUUGAAAUUCUUCAAGACCACCGUCACGGCGGAGGAAAUGAGCUUGUGGAAGACGCAAUGGGCAGCGGCCUGUGAGCAGGCAAAGCUAUCUGGCUCGGACAAGAGGAGCUACAAUCUCCUCAAAGAGAUGUUCAAGGUGGUGGAGGGGUUGUUGACGCUCUCUGCCGAGGGGGAUCUGCUCGUCUUCUGUCCGGAUGACGUGCUGCGAGGCAUCCCGCUCCAUGCGGCUGUGAUGCCCAACCGCCCUGGAAAGCGGAAGGACAAGCAGGAGACCCUUUUGGAGCGUAACCCCAUCGUGUACGCGGCGAGCAUGACGUCCUUUGCGCAUUGCGUGACGCGGGAGAUGGGGAGGCAGCGGACGGCCCGUGAUAUGAGUCGCUCUUAUGUCGCCGUGUUCGAGCGGACAGACCAACCGGAUGUUGCUGCUGCUGAAGACUCGUCUGCCGGAGACAAGCUGAACGAGGCCGAGGAGAAACUCAGAGACGAGUGCUAUGAAAAGACACGCGACACCGCACGCAGGGUCGGGGCACAAACGGUCGUCGUGGGCAGAGAGGUUACUCACGCAAGCUUCGUGUCCGCCCUGCAAGCCGAUCGCGUUUGCUUCCUCGGCCACUGCGACCUAGACGAGGGUAGUGCGAUUUUGGGAAAAGACGUCCUGCAACAGGGUCUGGAGCUGGGCGGCAGCAGCAGCAGCAGCAGUAGUAGUAGCGGCUCACCUGGGCCGCCGCACCACGCGCCCGGCAGCCGUUCCCACGUCUUCACGACGUCGGACUUUUUCGCCGUCGACAUCAUCGCCUCGCACGUCACCCUCUUGGCGUGCUCGUCGGCCAACGAGGCGCUGGGCGCCCCCGAGGACCCCAUCGGGAUCAUCAGCGCCCUCCUGUGCGCGGGGGCGACGUCGGUCAUCGGCACCAUGUGGAAGCUCAACCUUGCCACCGCGAACCUGGUCAUGGGGCUGUUGGAGGAGACGACGGGUGACGAUGCCAUGGGGCAUGAGGAGGGCGUGAUGGUUGACCUGGCGAUUGCUCUGCAGCGAGUCGUCAAGCGGCUGAGAGAGAGCAGGGACAACCGGGCUCCGUAUAAGUGGGCGCCGCUGGUGCUGCACGGGGCAUGGGUUUUGUCCGGUCACGAUGAUACGUAG